AUGGCGCAUGUUUCCUCCGUCUCAUCCUACAUGGACGUAAUAGUUUCCUACACAAUAUACACCUACAGCUACACAAUAUACACCUACAGCUACACAAUAUACACCUCCAGCUACACAAUAUACACCUCCAGCUACACAAUAUACACCUCCAGCUACACAAUAUACACCUCCAGCUACACAAUAUACACCUCCAGCUACACAAUAUACACCUCCAGCUACACAAUAUACACCUACAGCUACACAAUAUACACCUCCAGCUACACAAUAUACACCUCCAGCUACACAAUAUACACCUCCAGCUACACAAUAUACACCUCCAGCUACACAAUAUACACCUACAGCUACACAAUAUACACCUACAGCUACACAAUAUACACCUACAGCUACACAAUAUACACCUACAGCUACACAAUAUACACCUACAGCUAUAUAAUAUACACCUCCAGCUACACAAUAUACACCUCCAGCUACACAAUAUACACCUCCAGCUACACAAUAUACACCUACAGCUACACAAUAUACACCUCCAGCUACACAAUAUACACCUCCAGCUACACAAUAUACACCUCCAGCUACACAAUAUACACCUCCAGCUACACAAUAUACACCUCCAGCUACACAAUAUACACCUCCAGCUACACAAUAUACACCUCCAGCUACACAAUAUACACCUACAGCUACACAAUAUACACCUCCAGCUACACAAUAUACACCUCCAGCUACACAAUAUACACCUCCAGCUACACAAUAUACACCUACAGCUACACAAUAUACACCUACAGCUACACAAUAUACACCUCCAGCUACACAAUAUACACCUCCAGCUACACAAUAUACACCUCCAGCUACACAAUAUACACCUCCAGCUACACAAUAUACACCUACAGCUACACAAUAUACACCUACAGCUACACAAUAUACACCUCCAGCUACACAAUAUACACCUACAGCUAUAUAAUAUACAGCUGCAGCUAUACAAUAUGGCAGCAGCCGUAG